AUGGUGUAUGAUCAAUCUAAAUUUGGUAUUUUUAUUCAUUGGGGUGUUUAUUCUGUACCUGCUUUUGCUGUACCUCAAUGGCCAUCUGCAGAAUGGUAUUGGUGGACUUUAUAUAAUGGUGAUAAAACAGAUGGUGGUGCUACCUCUGAAUAUCAUAAUAAGACAUUUGGAGCGUCGUUUACAUAUCAAGAGUUUGCACCUAUGUUUAAGGCAGCGCUUUUCGAUCCAGAUGAAUGGGCCGAUCUUUUCGUAAAGUCUGGUGCAAAAUAUGUUGUUUUCACCAGUAAACAUCAUGAAGGAUUCACUAUGUGGCCAUCUCCUCAAUCGUGGGGUUGGAACUCUGUCAACAUUGGGCCAGGUUUAGAUAUCGUUGGAGCGCUUAGUAAAUCGGUAAAGAAUGCUGGACUACACAUGGGACUGUAUCACUCUCUUUUCGAAUGGUACAAUCCUCUGUAUAUUGCCGAUGUUAAUUCCGGUAGUCCACCAACAACCAAUAACUAUGUGACACAGGUACUGAUGCCACAACUCUAUGAUAUUGUCAAUAGCUACGAACCAUCGAUUGUCUGGGCGGAUGGCGACGAAGGUGAGAAUAGUACCUAUUGGCAAUCGGCAGAGUUUCUGGCUUGGCUCUACAAUAACUCCACUGUGAAAGAUUCAGUCGUUGUAAAUGACCGUUGGGGAUUGGAUUGUGACGGUAAGAAUGGUGGAUUCAUUACACCGAGUGAUAGAUUCAACCCUGGAUAUCUCAUCAAGAGGAAAUGGGAGAACUGCUAUACCAUUGGAACUAGUUGGGGAUACAAUCAGAAUGAGCCACUCUCUGAAUAUCAGAAUAUCUCAACACUUCUUCAAACACUAGUUUCCACAGUAAGUUGUGGUGGAAAUCUAUUGUUAGAUGUUGGACCAACAAGUGAUGGUGUUAUACCAAUGAUUAUGCAAGAAAGAUUAAUAGAGAUAGGUGAAUGGUUGGAAGUAAAUGGUGAAGCCAUUUAUAAUACUACUUUUUGGAGAGUACAGAAUGAUACUAUUGCCGAAGACAUUUGGUAUACUACAAAUUUAGAAACUGGAGCAGUUUAUGCCUUCUCUUACAAUUGGGACACUGACAGUACUCUCUAUUUGAAUGCACCGAUCACAUCAAAGAAUACUAUUGUCACAUUGUUGGGAUAUGGACAUCCAAUCCAAUUCUCUGCCUCUUCCGGACAUGGAUUAACCAUUAAACUUCCAUCAUUGACACCUACUGAAUACCCUCCACAUGGAGUCUAUACUUUCAAACUUGAAAAUGUUAAAUAA